AUGAGCAAAUCACUUUUCCAGCUGGGCGCGCACACGCUUCACAUUCCGGCUGGUGUGCACAAGUUGAAUCGUCAGCGGCUGAUUCAGUCACUGAAGAAUGACUCGGCCGUCGCCUCCAAUGCAGUCGUACUGCUGGUUGGUGGCAAAGGCCAGAAUUUGUACGACACUGACGUGGAGAGCGUUUUUCGCCAGGAGUCCUACUUCCACUGGACUUUUGGUGUUCGCGAGCCCGACUUCUACGGCGCCAUCGACCUGGCCACUGGCAAGUCGUACUUGUUUGCUCCAAAACUGGAUGAGGUCUACGCCAUCUGGAUGGGCAAGCUAUAUACCCUCGAAGAUUUCCGCAAUCGAUACGAGGUCGAUGAGGUGGCCCACACCGAACAGCUAGCCGAUGUCUUGAGUGGUCUGAAGGCGAGCACUCUGCUCACGCUGAAAGGCACCAACACCGACUCUAACCUGGAGACACUGGAGGCGACCUUUGCAGGCAUCGACCGUUUCACCGUGGACAACUCGGUCCUGCACAGCCACAUCGCCGAGUGCCGCGUCAUCAAGACGCCUCAAGAGCUGGAGAUAAUGCGCUACACGAACAAGGUGAGCAGUGAGGCGCACAUUGAGGUGAUGAAGUCGAUUCGACCGGGCAUGACGGAGUACCAGCUGGAGAGCAUCUUCAAGCACUACUGCUACUACAAUGGCGGCGCACGGCACAUGUCCUACACCUGCAUCUGCGGCAGCGGCGAGAACGGCGCCGUCCUCCACUACGGCCACGCCGGCGCGCCCAAUGAGAAGACCGUCGAAGACGGAGACAUGUGCCUUUUCGACAUGGGCUGCGAGUACUACUGCUACUCCUCGGACAUUACCUGCUCCUUCCCCGCCAAUGGCAAGUUCACCCCUGACCAGAAGCUCAUCUACGAGAUUGUCCUCAAGGCCAAUCGAGCCGUACUGAAGGCAGCCAAGCCAGGCGUGUCCUGGAAGGAGAUGCACCUGCUGGCGGAGCGGAUCGAGCUGGAGGAGCUGGUGAAGAACGGCCUCCUCCAGGGCGACAUUGAGGAGAUGAUGGCCGCCCGACUGGGCUUCAUCUUCAUGCCGCACGGCCUGGGCCACCUGCUGGGCAUUGACGUGCACGACGUCGGCGGCUACCUGGGCCACUGUCCGGAGCGCGACCCUCUGCCUGGCCUGCGACAGCUGCGGACCUGUCGAACGCUGCAGGCCGGCAUGGUGCUCACCAUUGAGCCAGGGCUGUACUUUGUGGAGGCGCAGCUGAAGAGGGCCAAGGCGGACCCCAAGUUGGCCCGCUUUAUCCGCUGGGAGAACAUUGACCGCUUUCGAAGCUUCGGCGGCGUGCGCAUCGAGGACGACGUGGCCAUCACUGAGGACGGCGCUGAGCUGCUGACGACCGUUCCGCGAUCAGUCGAGGAGAUUGAAGCGGUGAUGGCCGAAGGACGCAAACGCACUGUGGACUUUCCUCAGCAGACGAUCACCGCGCCCGUCACCGUCUCACUCUAA